CGCAGUGCGGCUCUCCAUCAUUCCCAAUCUCCCAGUGUAGGAGAACCAGCGGAGGCAGGAGAACUAAUGGGAACCAUGGGGAUACCACUGCCCAACUGCGCUUGGGAGCCGAUAUGUUGAACAUAUUUUACUUGUCCGACUGAGGGACGGAUUUCUAGGCGUCCGAAGACAAAUGAUAAAAAAACUAGUAAAGCACAGUGCGCUCCAACUCCCGAUCCUCACCUCUUCAGCUGGAUGGCUCUGAAUGACAAGAGGCAGUAAUGGAAGUCCAUGGGCAGUUCAGCUCUGUAGCCAUGAAGCAGCUCAAAGGGUAGGGUCUGCCGUGAGCUCGCCUCACCCUACCCGACCACCCGCUCAUCCACCACCCCAUCAGAGUCCCACAUUAAAGCAUAAUCCUGCAGCCCUACCCAUCUCCUCCACCCACCCGCCACCAUCGCUUUGGAAGACGAACAUGACGAGCAUUGCGAAGACGCUGGUUGAUGUCUGAUUUAUGUACCUUUGAGGUGUUGAGCAUAAAUCCAGUGGAGCAAUGAAUGGCGGAAAGGACUGUGAGGCAGGAGAUGAGAGGCAGGCCGCCCCUGUCCAGGUCCCCAUUGGCUGGCAGCGCAAGGCAGAGCGUGGCAGAGGGGUCUUAUACUUAAGUCCCAGUGGCUCGGUGCUGUCCAGCUUUGAGCAGGUGAAGACCUACCUGCUGACAGAUGGAACCUGCAAAUGUGGCCUGGAGUGCCCACUCAUCCUUCACAAGGUGUUCAGCUUCGACCCAGGGGCGGCUGUCAAGCAGAGGACAGCGGAGGACGUGAGAGCAGAUGACGAUGUCACCAAACUCUGCAUUCACAAGAGGAAGCUUUUGGCCGUGGCCACGCUGCACAAGAGCAUGGUGACGCACCCACCUCUGGCACUGACCAGUCCAGGAAGAGGUACAUCACAUGUGGUUGCCGCGCAUUCCACGACUCAACGAGCAAUAAGAAAUAAACCCCACGACGGCCUGUCCAAUGCUGUUGGCCCUGACUGCAAGAGUCAUUUCAAGAUGAUGAUGGCAGUAGGACAACAGCAGCACAGGCUGUAUUCACCCCAGGAGAUGGGUGGAGCCCAGCACCCGGAGCUCUACUCUGGGUACCCCAGGCCACAGAGGCUGGGCAGUGGGGAGCCAUGCCCCAAGUCCCCAUACAGGGCUGGGUACGGAGGUAUGCUGAGCCCACCUCCCUCCAGUGCAAAGCUAUAUGGAGAUGGAUCACAGUCUCCAAGUGCGGACAUUCUGGGCAGUCCUGAGGGCUUUCCAAGGAACAAUCCUUGUGGUUUUCCAGGAGCUGGCAGUCCCGGCUCAGCCUCCAUCCAUGGGAAUACUAGGACGCCUCUUUCCCCACCCAGUGUGAUGCUCCAUGGCUCCCCUGCGAGCCAGCCAUCCUGCGCCAUGACAGGGAGGACUAGCACGCCCCUCUCCCCAACGGCCACUGCCAAAAGCCCUGUCAUGAACAUGAACGUGCCACGGGGCAACUUCCCCCCGGGUAUGGAUAUGUCCCGUGUGGCUUUUCACCAUAAAACACAGCCGCCUGUGCAUACGGUGCCACCCACCCCAUCCAUACCACCAUCCUGUGCCCUUCAAAAAAGGCAGUUGACUUCCGAAAAAGACCCCUUAGGCAUCUUAGACCCUAUUCCCAGAAAACAAGUCAACCAGCCUCCCACCAACGUCCAAAACCCCUCAAACUUCCAGCCUAACAUCCACUCUCAGGUACCAAUGAUGAAUGUAAACAUACCCCCUCCUACCAUUGUUCCCUUGCCAAGCAACUUACCUUUACCAACAGCAAAGCCUGGGCCUGUAGGGCAUGGUGGCCAUGGUCAGAGGAUUCAACAGGGUGGUCCAGCUUCCUCCAUGUCCCCCUCCCCUGUCACUUCCCCUGUCCACAUGACUGGGCCUGCCAUUGCGAGAAUGGAGGCCUCUCCUCAUCGCUCACGCUCAUCCUCCACCUCGUCUGAUCAUGGAAGCUUUGCAAUGCCCUCUGGGCACCAGGCCCCAUGUGGCACCAUGAAGAUCCCUCCUCGUUCCCCCAGGUCCGCUAUGGGAUCGCCCAGACCGGCCAUGCCCUCCAGCCCCUCCACCAACAAAACAGACCCACUCCACCAGUACAAAGACUCCCAGCUGUUGCCCGGGAUGGUAAACUCUAUUGGAACCCAGCAGCAUGGUAACCCCAUGUAUUCACCCACCUCUUCCUCCUCAUCAUCCUCCUCUCUGGCAACCCCUAGCGCUUCCCAGAAGGGCCACCCAGGUCUCCUGGGGAUGCCCCUCAACCAGCUCCUCAACCCACAGAACGCCACUUCCUUCCCCGCCAGCAGUCUCUUGUCAGCUGCAGCCAAAGCACAGCUAGCAAAUCAAAACAAACUCAGCGCAACUGGCAACAGCACUACUGGCAUGGCUGGUGGUGGAGUUGGUAUCGCAGUCAUGGGGGCGGGUGGUGGAGGGAGUGGUGGGCACCCUGGCUCUAUAACCGGCCCUCGAGGCAUGGAGGGACACAGCACUUUAAAUCCCAUGCUCCCGCCAAACUCCGCCAUGCUGCUCAAUACUCCUGAGGGUCAGAGUGGUCGGGCAGCUCUCAGAGACAAACUCAUGGCCCAACAGAGGGACCCCAUGCGCAAACGGAAGCAGUCGUCCGGUGGUGCUGCUGUAACCCACGAUAACAGUAACAACAUGGUCUACAACAUGCUUAAUAAAUCAGGCAUGGGUGGACCCCACAUGCCAGGGCCCAGUGCAACUGAGCAGCUGCGAAAAGUGGGCCGACUUGGGAACCUUCCCCCAAACGCCUCCAUGGCCCAGCUUCUCCAGUCCAUGAGCUCCCAGAGCUCCCAUAACUUGACUGGGAGUAGCCAUCGUCUAGGUCUUAGCCCUGGUCCAGGGCAGGGUCCUCAAGGAGCUCCACAGCUGCACUACAACGACAGCAUGGGAAUGGUCCCUGGUGGCCCUCAGCAUAAUCUGCAUGCUCAGCAGAGGCUGCAGGGUCCAGGAGAUGUAAUGCAGCACUGCCGGAACAUGGACUCCUCUGGAGGCCAUCUGGGCACACGUCCAGGCCAGUUCCCUGACAUAAUGGCCCAAAUGCAGGCCUCCUCCAUGAGUAACUGUAGGCCAAUGGGGCCAGGUGGUGGACCAGUGGGCCCUGAUGGCAUGCCCCUUGGACGCAUCAACACCAAUCCCCCGCCACUAUCCCAUCCUAGCCCUCAUCCUUCACAGCAGAACCUCCUUCACAGUAUGGGGCGGACUAACAUGGUCGUGAUGCAACAUGGAGGGGGUGAUGGAGGCUGUCCACAAAGCAUUUCUGAUUCAGGAAACCCAUCAUCCCUUGGCUGUGGUGUGGGAGGCCUGCCACCACAUGUGAACAGAGGUCAGAUGUACCAGCAGCAGGUCCACCAGGGCAUGCAGCAGGUGGUGGCCUCCCACCCGGCCUACCAGGGCCAGCAGCACUUUUCUGACAACACACCCUACACAGACGGCAACAUGGUCAACGCUGGCUCCAUGGCCUGCCUCUACCAGAACUACCAGCAGGGGAUGUUGCAGCACCCACAGUUCGGGGAGGGGCAGCAGCCCCAGGGAGAGGGGCUUCCAGGUCCACCCAGCUCUGACAGGGGGCCCGGCGGGGGCCCAGAGUCGGUGGACGCCAUCUACAGAGCUGUGGUCGACGCCGCCAGCAAGGGCAUGCAUGUUACGAUAACAACCACAGUGAGCGGGACCACGCAGGCGAGUCCGGUGCCUGCCCUCAGCGCCAUGAGUGCCUUCACUGCUUCUAUAGGGGAACCUGUCAACCUACCCCAAGCAGUCAGUGCAGUCCUGCAUGGGCACCAGGAGGGGGAGCAGCUACCCCUGCACACCAGGCCGAGGCAGGUGAGGCCAGGACGGGGUCAGAAGAACAUGGAUGCUGGGAAGAUGACUCCAGAAUGUACUCCGGAGGCCAAUGAUUACUUCCGUUCUCCUGGCCGUGGUACUCCCAGGGGGCAGUGGGACGGGGAGACACAGCACGGGGGAGGGUUUGACACGCACAGCAACAACAGCAGCUGGGGCGGCGAGGAAUUUCUAGAGUGUUCAACCCAAGUUAGGAGUAGUCCGUGCAUGGAGCGACCCGCCAGUUUGGCUCCCGCUCCUCUCUGCCCCACUGACGGCUCCCAUGAUCAUGGCCUGGCCAUGGCCCACGAAAAGGCCUUUCCUGAUGAUGGAUAUCGCUUUAAUAACUGCAGCCGGACUCCUGUAAACUACAAGGAGCGUCUCGAGCAGACAGUGGAACGCUGCAUCCAUAUCAACGGUGCCACCCCCCAUUUCAACACCCGCGGUUAUGGUGAUGUCCUAGGUCCCCCACGACAAGAGCUGACGGGCGAUGACCAGUCGCCCAGCUCCUCCACGAGCCUGGAGGGUCCCCUGGCCACAGCCAAAGACUACAGCCACUACAACGGCCACUUCAACGGUAUGGCACCCAGUCCCUCGGACACAAAGAGUCUGAGCAGUGAGGAAGACCUGCGGCAGCCAGACUCUCCCUCCUCAGAUCUGCUUCACUACCGAUCCAGGACCUUCAACAUGGGGGAGCUGGUCUGGGGACAGCUGAAGGGCUUCCCGCCCUGGACUGCCAAGCUGGCCGGGGACGAACAAGUGCACAGCGCUGCUAUGCAGCUGCGGGAGCAGGCGAAGGUAGAGCCAGAGAAGCUAAAAACACUAACUCACGACUUGGAGGCACUUGACCGAGCCGCUAAACGAGGCCUGAAACCGGGGAAACUGAAUAAUCACUUGGAAGCUGCUAUCCACGAGGCCAUGAGUGAGCUGGACAAGAUGUCAGGCACGAUCCCAUCGCGGGAUCGUCAGGUGAAGCUCCCGAAGCCCAAGAGGAGGAAAAUAUCCAGAUAACAUUGAAUGAAUGUGUCGGCCGGAGAACGUCCUCCAAGCCUUAGCAGACUUGUCCGUUCAGCCGUCACGUGAUCUGAGCUCUCUAACAGGUGCUACACAUGGACAUGCAGUGGUACGUCGUUGCUCCAUGACAUGAACUAGAAUUGUUGACUGACCACAGAAGGUGCUGGAAAUUCCAAUCACCGAAACAGUUUUACUGGUAGAAAGCAAAAAAAAAAUGAAGAGGGAAAGAAAUUGAGAAAAACAUCAGAAACGAUUGCAAUUUGUCUACUGCUCACUGAAUUAACUAUUUUUUUCUAGUAUAAUAUAGUAAAAUAAACAAAAAAAAAGCUACAAGUAUUACCUUACAUAUUUAAGAAAAUAGACAGUCCAAAUAUUUCUGAUACAUUUUCAAUAUGUAUAUAGAUAAUCCUGAAAUUUCAUGCUAUCAAGAAAUGUAUGUAAAUAUUGUACAAUGUCAUGUACAAGCGUACCUAAUGCACAUUUUAUCUUUUAUUGUACAAAAACAAAGCAGAAGAAGUGUACCAAUGUCUUGGUUUCUAUUCAGAAGUGCGGCUGCAUACGGCCGCAUGCAUAGGAUAAUUAAGAAUACAGCCUAAAGCUUUUAUAUGAGGAACUGUAAGACGUGCUGUUUUUUUUAAUUUUAAUUUCAUUUUUGUUAUUAUUUCCCCCCUUUUUUGGAAUAAGGGAACAGCAGUGGAACAGGCACGAGUAUAUGAGUUCUUUCCAUUAUUACACUUCACUCCAGUUGUGCUCAUUUGUACUGAUAAGAUUUAAAAACACAGAAUGAACUUUACCAGCAGAAAGUGUUCAGUGUUCGGGAAAGGACCCCCCCCCCCCCCCCAGUCGGAUCAUCGUUGGUAAAUCUUCAUCUGCUCGUUAACAGGAAAAUCGUGAUUUUGUGGUUUAAUGAAUUAAUAAGAAAAGUCUGGUGGAGCGGGUGAAUUGUUCUAGUUUCACCGGCAGACGAGAGAAAAUUGGUUACCUGUCGUUUUGAGAAGGAAAAAUCCACCGUCACACAUUUAUUACUGUAUCAAGUGUCAUUGACAAUUAAUAAUCUCCCCCUCAUUUUGAUUAUGAAUGUAAUCAUACUCUUAUUCCUGAUUCACACAUUCGAGGAUUUGCAGUAUUUGUAUCAAAUUUAUAUCAUUGUGAAUUACAAAUUACAUAUAGACUCCAAAUUAACACUAUAGGUAGAGCUGUCGGUGGAGCUGUCCGUGGUCCUGAGUCCGUAGCCAGGGAUUGUUUAUGUUUAUUUAUCGCAAGUCAUAUAUCGUCCUAGCGAUAUUAAACAACGUUUCUCGCAUGUUUUCCUAAUAUCACGGCCUGUGUCGUUAUUGCACUCAGGCCUACAUGUGUAGAUGCAUUAUAUAUAUGAAGCAUUUCUCCUUCAACUUAAAUUUAAAGCCGGUACAAAUUGUCUCUGUCUUCUUCUGAGAUGAUCUUAAUCCUGAAAUGCAACACGAUCUCCUUUCUAACAGUGGAUUUUUCCUUCUUUGAAAACCCAGAAUCGCAGGCUGCGUUCAUUCAUUCGUUCCUUUGUGUCAUUUGAAUGUUGUGAUUUACGUUUGUACAGUAAUUUUAACAUUUCUUUCCUCCCAUGAUUCUAGUCAUGUUCGCCACGGCUAUAGCUUUAGGUACAGUAACCAACCUCAGAGUCUAGAUCAUGAAAACGAACACUAACUCAAGAGCAGUGGAAGCAUUUCUCACAUUUAGGGGCCUUGUGUGUAUUUUCUUUCUUUUUUCUUAUUGUUGUAAAUUAUUUAUGUACAGUACUUCAUAUUUAUUUUAAGCUUUACAAAUAUGCUAGAUGGCAAUAAUACUACCGAGAGUUGAGAACUCAAGCCUUAUAUGUGUAUAUGUAUGUUUUUUGUGAAAAUAUCAUGUAUUCAUAGUUCAUUACAGAGGUUGUGUUCCCUUUUAUUUAAGAAGCGAGCAUUACAGUUAACACUUUUAAAUCUUACAGCGAGGCUUUACCAGUUUUUGUUACAGAUUGUUUUCAUGGAAAUUUCUCAGCUCAAGAGAAGACUAUAAUAUUUAUGAAUAUGCUCGUCUGAACGGCAGACGGGAUUUUAUGUUGGUAGUCAAUGCAGUUGUGAACACUAACAAACUUAUCAGAAGUUUCACGCCGAAUCAUAAAAGGUCAGCGACGCACAGUAUCGGGAUAAACACACAGACACACAAACACACACACUCCUCCAGAUCAACUAAUAACCUGAAUUCACUACAGAAUUACUAAGUGCAAUAUACCAGUCAAUGGCAAAGAACAACCGUUCUAGUAACACUGCAUCUCUGAUUUUCUUUAGUACGCACCUUCAAAUACUUGGGCUGUACUUUUUCCUUUGACGUGUACUCUCUUUCUUUUGAAGGGGGGGGUGUUACAUUAUUAAUCCUUUUCCGGCAUCCUAACCUCAGACCCAUGAAGUAGUAAUUUAUUUGUAGCUUUACCUUUACACAUUAACUCACAUUUUAUUUUCAAAUGUCCUGAAGUAAUUCAGCAUUAUCAAUAUCCGACGCACACACCCUCCGAGAUAAAAGUCCCAUUUAAAUACUUGAACCCUUCAGUAGGAAUAAACUACAUUUAUCUCCAGAAUCCCAUGUUUGAUCACCUUAAAAUCGAAUGGUACUCAAGAUUCUUCUGCCUCUCACCAGCUCAAACAUGACAACACUACUAUUACUAAAAAUAUGCACAACUAUUGGAUUUGCUCACUGAAUCGUACAACCAGUUGCAACAGGUCUUACUUUGUUCAUGGGUUUUCACCUUUAAGUCCUUUGUGCUGUAUUUUCAGAUGAGAUCUCACUUAUUUGUAGACCGAUCAGUUUGUGCACGCUAAGAAAACACGGACAUUACAAAUUUGUAGCUGCAAAGUCUAAAAACUUCCAAAAAUAUCAGUAUUACUUGAUAAAUAUCGGACUCAAAUGUGCCGUUUGGCAACAAGAACCACGUGAGCUCUUUCGGUAAAGUUCAUUCUGCCUCGCCCCCCCGCCUCCCGUUUUCUUUUUGUGCAAUGACAUGCAGGAGCCCAGUCUCGUGUUGGGAACCCAUGUGUUCUGGAUCUGUUAUAUCAGUUUCAUGUUAUUUGUGGUCAAGAGUUCAAAGCAUUUAUUUUUGUGUGUUUGGUGUGUGCCGUCUAUUUUCUUUUCCUCACGCCUGUGAUUGUGUGAGCGUGUUGAGGUGUGUGUGGGUUUUUUUUUCUGCUCUUUUGAAUCUCCGUUCCCUCUCCCACCCUCUUUCCUAGUCAGUAUUUUAUUUUUUCAACUUGUAAUUAAGUAUAUAUUUUCUCACUAAUAUAUACUUUACAGAAAAUAGACUUGCGUGAAGUAUGAUGUGCACUUGAUUGCUCUUGUUUAUUUUGUUUUCUUUUUGCAUUAAUGUGGGCUAGGGAUAGUUUGUCAGUCCAUUAUUUUGAGAUUGUUUGGACUUUUUUUUUUUUAAUGGUUUGAUGUAAGCAGCAUUUUUUUGUAAAUAUUGUGAAACAUUACAGGUCAUGCAGUGAUGUAACAUUUUGAACAAUGUUGCACAGAUGUUUAAGAUAUUAAA